AUGCAUCCAAGCCUGGAAUCGUUUUCAACGGAACUGUUCUUCGAAAUAUUCGAAUAUUUAUCUCUCAUUGAUCGUUUUCGAGCCUUCGCUGGCCUUAAUCGUCGUCUGACUCUUAUGGUCAAUUUGCAUCCAGUUCGAGUAAACUUGCAAUCUAUUUCUCGAUGGGACUUCGAUUUUCUUUGUCGUCAUAUUCGACCUGAACGAGUCAUUUCACUGGUUUUUUCCGAAGAAAAGAUGCCUGAUCAAGUAAAACUUUUUCUCGAACAUUUUCCAGACUUCGAACAUCAAUUCAUUUGUCUUCAAUCAGUGAAGUUGAUCCAAACGGAAAAUUGUUUAUCGAUAUUACCACGAUGUGUUUCUUGUCUAACAUUUUCAAAAAUGUUUUGUGGCAAUGGUGUCAAUGAAAUGCUCAUUCAACAAGCCAAGAUCUUAACUCAUUUGAAUGUUGACAAAUUGAGAUUGAUUCAAUCAGUCAACAUUGAAUUUCCUCUACUGACUCAUUUGACAAUUGAUUCAUUUUGCUUUAUUGAUCAAGUUGAUCAACUGAUUCAAAAUUUUAAAACUCCUCCAAUCUUCAGCCUCAAUGUUUCUUUUGCGGGAGAUCAUGAUCAUUUUCCAUUCAAAUUCGAGAAAAUGUGUUGGAGUCUAAUGUAUCUCAAACAUCUGACAAUCAAACUUGUCACAGGUAGGAGAGCAUAG